GCGAGGAGGGGGCGGUAUCCUGGAGCUGGCGGGGCCUUUGUCUCGGUCCGGCCGGAGCUCAGGGUCCAUCUUCGUUGCUUAGUACCCUCUGCUCUAGGAGGUUCCGGUGACACUGUCGCAGCCUCUGUCGCCCUGUGACCGGCAGAUGCUGUGAGAUGCAGAGCUAAGACUCCAGGACAUCCCGGAAGCCGAAGAAUGGAACUGUUGACAUUCAGGGAUGUGACCAUAGAAUUCUCUCUGGAGGAGUGGGAGUUUCUGAAGCCUGCUCAGCAGAAUUUGUAUAGGAAUGUGAUGCUAGAGAACUACAGGAACCUGGUCUCUCUGGGUCUUACUGUUUCUAAGCCAGAACUGAUUAGCUGUCUGGAGCAAAGACAAGAGCCCUGGAGUGUGAAGAGACCCAAGACUGUAGCCAAACCCCCAGCUAUGUCUUGUCAUUACACUGAAGACUUUUUGCCAGAACAGGGCAUGAAAGAUUCAUUCCAAAAAGUGAUACUGAGAAGAUAUGGAAGCUGUGGCCUUGAGAAUUUACACUUAGGGGAAGACUGGGAAAAUGCGAGUGAGUGUAAAGAUCACAAAGGAAUUUACAAUGGACUUAACCAGUGUUUGUCAACUCCACAUAGCAAAAUUUUCCUAUAUAAUAAAUGUGUGAAAGGCUUUAGUAAAUCAUCAACUCGAAACAGACAAAACAUAAGACAUAUUACAGAGAAACUUUUCAAAUGUAUCGAAUGUGGCAAAGUCUUUAAAUCUCACUCAGGCCUUUCUUAUCACAAGAUAAUUCAUACUGAAGAGAAACUCUACAUAUGUGAGGAAUGUGGUAAAACCUUUAAGUGGUUUUCAUACCUUACUAAACAUAAGAGAAUUCACACUGGAGAGAAACCCUUCAAAUGUGAAGAAUGUGGCAAAGCUUUUAACUGGUGCUCAAGCCUUACUGAACAUAAGAGAAUCCAUACUGGCGAGAAACCCUACAAAUGUGAAGAAUGCGGAAAAGCCUUUCACUGGUGUUCGCCCCUUGUUAGACAUAAGAAAAUUCAUACUGGAGAAAAACCCUAUACAUGUGAAGAAUGCGGCAGAGCUUUUAACCGGCAUUCACAUCUCACUAAACAUAAGACAGUUCACACUGGAAAGAAACCCUACAAAUGUAAAGAAUGUGGGAAAGCUUUUAACCACUGCUCACUACUUACUAUACACAACAGAACUCAUACUGGAGAGAAACCCUACAAAUGUGAAGAAUGUGGCAAAGCUUUUAACUCAUCAUCAAUUCUUACUGAACAUAAGGUAAUUCAUAGUGGAGAAAAACCUUACAAAUGUGAAAAAUGUGACAAAGUCUUUAAGAGGUUCUCAUACCUUACUAAACACAAGAGAAUUCACACUGGAGAAAAACCCUUCAAAUGUGAAGAAUGUGGCAAAGCUUUUAACUGGUCCUCAAUCCUUACUGAACAUAAGAGAAUUCAUACUGGUGAGAAACCCUACAACUGCAAAGAAUGUGGGAAGGCCUUUAAUCGGUGCUCACACCUUACUAGACAUAAGAAAAUUCAUACUGCAGUCAAACGCUAUAAAUGUGAAGAAUGUGGCAAAACUUUCAAACGAUGCUCACAUCUUAAUGAACAUAAGAUAAUUCAAAAAGGAGAGAAAUCCUGCAAGCACAAAAAAUGUGGGGAAGCAUUUAAUCACUGCUCAAACCUUACUACAUAAGAAUU